AUGAGUUCCUUAUUUAAACCAAUACCACAACGAAAGUUCAAUAAUGAUAAAUUGCGACUCGAAGCCCUAACUCACAAAUCAUAUUGCUACGAAAAUCCCAUGUCGGGUCAUCAUAACGAACGAUUAGAGUUUCUCGGCGAUUCAAUAAUAGGUUUCGUCGUUGCCGAUUACCUAUAUAAUAAAUAUCCGGAUUAUAAAGAGGGUCAACUGACCAUGCUAAGAGCAAAAAUAGUAUGUAAACAAACUUUAGCGAAUUUUGCUGGCCGAUUGGGUCUAGAUAGAGAUCUGCGGUUAGGGGCGGGUUCAUCAAAUUCAAGGAAUAAUGAAAAAAUUUUGGAAGAUGCAUUUGAAGCAUAUAUUGGUGCUAUUUUUUUGGACUCGGGAAAAGAUUUAAAAUGUGUUUUAGAAUUUUUAGAACCCUUUGUUGGUCCAUUAGUAGAAGAAUUAAAUAAACCAAUGGCAGGAACCCCAAUAAAUUUAUUACCAGGAAUAUCGGAAUUACAACGAGAAAAAAUACCACCUAUGCUUGGUCCGGAAGAUUUAAAAUUACCUUUUUCAUUAGAACAUCAAGAUCCUAUAGGUAAAUUACAAACUUGGUCACUUAAAAAAGGUUUCCCAAUACCGUUUUAUCGAGAAGUUAAAGUUGAAGGAAUCGCUCAUGAUCCACGUUUCACUAUUCAAGUGCAAAUUAAUGGAAUAAUAGCGGGUGAAGGUGAGGGUCGUAAUAAAAAAGAAGCGAAAAAACAAGCCGCCUCGAAAGCUCUUGCUCGAUUGCUUAAUUCACCUGAUCUUGAUUUAUCUCAAAAACAUUUACCAAAUUUUGGUGGAUCUGAAGAAUUAAUAUGUUCGGGUCCUUCAAAUUGA